AGUCCUGAGUGUCUACGAUUGUGAAUAUCCUUUUGGAGAACAUCUUGAAAUAUUAAAAAUGGUUUUUUUAGCUCUUUAAAUACAUUAUCUCAUGUAGUAACUUCUGUAGACUUUUUGAGUCAAGUCAGUCGUUCUCCUAAUUACGGAUCGGGUUCCUAAAGCUGCAAGAAAAAGUAAUCAGUGACUUCAAAUCUGCCUGUUCCAGUAGAUUGUGAAGAGUAUUACUUCAGCCUUCACUGGUUUCUACUCACUGAGCAAAAGCACUGAAUCCGGCAGUUUACAAAUGGCAGAAGUCAAGUCCAUGUUCCGGGAAGUCCUGCCAAAGCAAGGGCAGUUGUCUGUGGAAGAUGUAACCACAAUGGUGCUGUGUAAGCCCAAGCUUCUACCCUUAAAGUCUCUGACUCUGGAAAAGCUGGAGAAGAUGCAGCAGGCAGCACAGGAUACAGUCCGUCAACAAGAAACGGCAGAAAAAGACGACCGGCAAAGAACCCAUUGACCAGUACCACUUAAAAGGAUGCCCCAUCUUACCCCUUAACUGUUCAGUAAUUAAAAACUAUUCUGCAGAUGUAGGCUGAAACCGCAUAAUCAAAGUGGGCAUUCUUAACAUUAAAACCCAGAACUUGGGAAUUUAAAUAUUGGUUUGUGUUAAAAGAAAAACUUUGAACCAGGUUUUAUAGAAUUUUGAAAAGUUUAUAAAUUAUUUACCAUACCAUAUUGUUAUGAAUAUAAAGAUUAAAUGCAUCUUUUAUGGGGGAAGGAUUUCUUCGUGUUUAUUAGAAACCUUGAUCUGAAAAUAAACUCUUAUUGGGCUUGUACAUUAAAGUAA